AUGCAGGCCUCCUCGGGCAUGUUGACCAAGUUCGAGUCCAAGUCUUCGCGCGCCAAGGGCAUUGCCUUCCACCCGAAAAGACCAUGGAUCCUCGUCGCCCUUCACUCCUCCACAAUCCAGCUUUGGGACUACCGCAUGGGAACAUUGAUCGACCGAUUCGAAGAACACGAUGGCCCGGUUCGAGGAAUUGACUUCCACAAGACGCAGCCCCUCUUCGUCUCUGGAGGCGACGACUACAAGAUCAAGGUGUGGUCAUACCAGACCCGUCGCUGCCUGUUUACUCUGAACGGCCAUCUCGACUACGUCCGAACCGUCUUCUUCCAUCACGAGCUGCCAUGGAUUCUGUCGGCUUCAGACGAUCAGACAAUUAGGAUAUGGAACUGGCAAAAUCGCUCUCUGAUCUGCACAAUGACAGGACACAACCACUACGCCAUGUGCGCCCAGUUCCAUCCGAAGGAAGACCUCGUUGUUUCCGCCUCCCUCGACCAGUCUGUCCGUGUCUGGGAUAUCUCCGGCCUGCGCAAGAAGCACUCCGCCCCGACAUCCAUGACCUUCGAAGAUCAGGUCGCGCGGGCGAACCAGAACCAAACCGAUAUGUUUGGCAAUACCGAUGCCGUUGUCAAGUUCGUCCUGGAGGGUCACGAUCGCGGUGUUAACUGGGUUGCUUUCCACCCCACCAUGCCUCUCAUCGUCUCUGCUGGCGACGACCGCCUCGUCAAGCUGUGGCGCAUGAGCGAGACCAAGGCCUGGGAGGUCGACACUUGCCGAGGCCACUUCCAGAACGCCUCCGGUUGUCUUUUUCAUCCCCACCAAGACCUGAUCUUGUCCGUCGGCGAAGACAAGACGAUCCGUGUGUGGGACCUCAACAAGCGCACUGCCGUACAGUCUUUCAAGCGCGAGAACGACCGAUUCUGGGUCAUCGCUGCCCACCCCGAGAUCAACCUGUUCGCUGCCGGACAUGACAACGGUGUCAUGGUCUUCAAGCUCGAGAGAGAGAGGCCCGCGUCGGCGGUUUACCAGAACAAUCUCUUCUACAUCACCAAGGAAAAGCACGUCAGGUCAUACGACUUCCAGAAGACCAUCGAGAGCCCGACUCUGUUGUCGCUCAAGAAGCUUGGCAGCCCCUGGACUCCUCCUCGCACACUUUCCUACAAUCCUGCGGAGCGCUCCGUUCUGGUCACCUCUCCCUCCGACAGUGGAUCCUACGAGCUGAUCAACCUGCCCCGUGAUGGAUCUGGCGCCAUCGAGCCGACCGAGUCGAAGCGCGGCCAGGGCAACUCUGCCAUUUUCGUUGCGCGCAACCGCUUCGCCGUCCUGAACACCGCCAGCCAGACGAUCGAUAUCAAGGACCUGUCCAACAACACCACCCGAUCAUUCAAGCCCCCGGUUGGAACCAGCGAUAUCUACUUUGGUGGUACCGGAAACCUUCUCAUCAUCACGCCGACCGCUGUUCACCUGUAUGAUAUCCAGCAGAAGAAGAGCGUUGCUGAGCUGGCUGUGAAUGGUGUCAAGUAUGUCGUUUGGUCCAACGAUGGUCUCUAUGCUGCUCUCUUGAGCAAGCACAACGUCACCAUUGUUACCAAGACUCUGGAACAGGUCAGCACCCUGCACGAGACCAUCCGUAUCAAGAGCGCAACCUGGGAUGACGCCGGUGUCCUUCUGUACUCGACUUUGAACCACAUCAAGUACACUCUCUUGAACGGCGACAACGGCAUUGUCCGCACGCUUGAUCAGACUGUUUACUUGGUCCGUGUGAAGGGUCGCAAUGUGUACUGCCUCGAUAGAGCCGCGAAGCCCAAGGUUCUGCACGUUGACCCCACCGAGUAUCGCUUCAAGCUUGCUCUUGUUAAGAGGAACUACGAGGAGAUGCUUCACAUCAUCCAGACCUCCAGCUUGGUUGGCCAGUCCAUCAUCUCCUACCUCCAGAAGAAGGGUUACCCCGAGAUUGCUCUGCAGUUUGUUCAAGACCCUACUACUCGAUUCGAGCUUGCCAUUGAAUGCGGGAAUCUUGAAGUUGCUGUUGAGAUGGCUAAAGAGCUUGAUCGCCCCAAGCUCUGGCAGCGAUUGGGCUCUGAGGCCCUGUCCCACGGCAACCACCAAAUCGUCGAGAUGGCUUAUCAGAAGCUGAAGCAGUUCGACAAGCUGUCGUUCCUGUACCUGUCCACUGGUGACCACUCCAAGCUUGCCAGGAUGGCCAAGAUUGCAGAGCAUCGCGGCGACUUCACCGCUCGCUUCCAGAAUGCUCUCUAUCUCGGCGAGGUUGAGGACAGAAUCCAAAUGUUCAAGGAGAUCGAUCUUUACCCCUUGGCGUACAUGACUGCAAAGUCGCACGGCUUAGAUGAGGAAUGUCAAGCUAUUCUCGAGGCUACGGGUCUCACCGAGGACCAGCUGGAGACUCCAACCAUUGGAGAGGCCCUGACUCCACCAAAGCCCGUUGUCCCAACCUUCAAGGCCAACUGGCCUACAAAGGCGACAUCAGUUUCUGUUUUCGAGAAGGCGCUUCUCGGCCAGGUCGAGGGUCUCUCGCUUGAAGAUGAGCCCGCUGCUGCCAACGGUUUCGAUGACGCAAUUGACGAUGAUGCCGCCAAGAAGAACGGCAACCUGGUUGACGCCGAGGAUGACGAGGAUGCGGCUGGCUGGGACAUGGGUGAUGACAUUGUACCCGAAGUUGAAAGCGACUUCGUCAACGUUGACAGUACAGAGGCCGGUGGCGCUGGAAGCAGCGAAGCUGAUCUCUGGGCUCGCAACUCACCCUUGGCUGUGGACCAUGUUGCCGGUGGCUCUUUCGAGUCAGCUAUGCAGCUACUCAACCGACAAGUGGGUGCUGUCAACUUUGCGCCAUUGAAGCCGCGGUUCCUCGAAGUCUACCAGGCAUCAAGAACAUAUCUGCCAGCCUCGGCAGGUCUGCCCCCGUUGGUCAACUACGUUCGCCGCACGAUUGAGGAAACGGAUCCUAGAAAGGUCUUGCCCAUUGUGCCUCGCGAUCUCGAAUUCCUGGCCACCAACGAUCUUCAGCAGGGUUACAACUCUAUGAAGACAAACAGGCUCGAGGAUGGCUUGCUCCUUUUCAAGGGCAUCCUCCAUGCCAUCCUUAUUAACGCCGUUUCCAGCGAGACCGAAGUUGCGGAGGCGAAAAAGCUCAUCACAUCGGCUAGCGAGUAUGCUGUGGCCAUGGAAAUCGAGCUUAGCCGUCGUCAACUCGGCACCAGCCCCGACCAGCUCAAGCGCAGCCUGGAGCUGUCUGCUUACUUCACCAUCCCCAAGAUCGAGGUUCCUCACCGCCAACUCGCUCUGCACAACGCCAUGCAGCUGGCGAUUAGGAACAAGAACUACAACUCGGCUUUGAGCUUCGCUAACCGCAUCAUUGCCAACGGUGGCUCUAGCAAGCUGACCGAAAACGCCAAGAAGGCGAAGGCCCAGUGCGAGCGUAACCCGUCGGAUGCGAUCGAGAUUGAGUUUGAUCAGUUUGCCGAGUUCGAGGUUUGCGCAGCCAGUCACACGCCUAUUUACAGCGGUACGUCUUACGAGGAGUGUGCCUUUGACGGCUCCAAGUACCACACGAAGUACAAGGGAACCGUCUGCAAGGUGUGCGAGGUAUGCGAAGUUGGUAAGCAUGGCAGUGGCCUGAAGCUCUUCGCAUAA